AUGACUCGAAUAGAGAAGAUCAAUUUUCCUCAAGAACAGAAGGAAGAAGAAGAGAAAAAGCCUGAAGGUGGAGAUGAUGUUCCAGAGGAUAUUGGAGAGCUCUAUGGUAAAAUGGAUGGAGAUGAUGAACAAGAUGCAGAGAUUCGUAGCCUGCAGUUGCUCACGUUUGAAAUCAAACAGGAAAGUAUUGAGACUGCACAAAAGCGUUGCAUUGAGCGGGAGUAUUCACUUCUUGCGGAAUACGAUUUACGAAAUGACACUAUGAACCCCUAUCUUGGAAUUGAUCUGAAGGCAUCGACUACUUUCCGUCCUAUCAGGAGAAGAGCAGGAGAAGAGCGAGUAAAAUGUUCGGAAAUAGGUGAGGUGAGUUUUCUCUAG